AUGUUCGUGAUCACGACUGGAUUUUUAAUCUUCUUCGCGACAAUAGCAGUAGCGCUUAGGCUUUACUGUCGCUUCACUUUCACACGACACGUAGGACUCGAUGACAAGUUCAUGGUAGCUGCAUGGCUGGUAUCAGUCUCUCUCGGCAUUCAGAAUGGUUUCCUUGUUAGCUGGGGAACUGGAGAAAGUCGACACAACGCCGAUUUGGAUGCUUCGAUCAUCUUGAUCCCUACAUUCAAGCACUGGUAUGCGUAUCAGCUCGUGUACCCAUGGGCAUUGUUCUUCGUCAAAGCUAGCAUCUUGGCUCUCUACCAUCGAAUCUUCACCCAAACCAAGUUCCGCUAUACCGUGUACGGUGUAGCCGCUUUUGUUGCUGUUCAAACAAUCGUUGUCACAUUUGUCAAUGCCUUCGAGUGCGGAAAAGAACCAUGGAGAGCCUGGUCCCCAACCUUUCCGAAAGGAUGUAACGAUCUUGCCAAGACAUACUUCUCGAUGGCUUCGGUGAACAUCCUCACCGACAUCUUUAUCCUGGUUAUGCCGAUGCGCGCUUUUGGGCAACUGAAACUUCAACGGACCAAGCGAUUUGCGCUCCUCGGUGUGUUCAUGGUCGGCGGCGUAGCGGUGAUCGCCUCUAUCGUCCGGCUGUACGCUCUCUAUGUGUACGCUGUAACGGAUGAUCCACCAUACGAUGAUAUAUUUUGA